UAGUGCAGGAGAAAAAGGGGGAAACCACCAGAGCCCUCCAGAAAAGAGGAAGAUACGGCUUGUGGGGUGGGGGUGGGGGAUCAACCUGUGACUGAAAAAGAGGAACCUGGCCAGACAGGACCCACCUGGAGAAGGUCAUUGCUGCUGCCAGCAGCCAGUGAAAAGAGGAUGCAGAACAGCAGGAUUCUAGCCCACACUCACUCCUCUCCUGAGAGGGGUGUUGGGGCAGGGUAGCAGGCCAGGGGGAGCCCUGCAGCAGCCUUCGGCGGAAGACGUCAACCAGAGGGCGAGGUCGGGCACUCACAGCAAGCUUUCUUCCCAGUGAGAACCCAGCAUCCACCCGCCAGGCGGAGUUCAAGGCUGCCCUUUCUGCCCGUCUGGUUGUUCGUCUCCAGUUUAGGGAAGCGGGAGACAGGAGCAGGCCCCAGGAGGGUGUGGCCGCUGCGCGUCCCAUGGCGUCUGGUGCGGGGGCGGGGCGGGACGGAACUUGAGGUACACCACCCCGGGAGCCCUUUAUGCGCCCAUCACCCUAGUGUCGCCUCUGCCCCAGCAACAGUGACUCACAAAGCUGGCCCGUGCUGGGCGGAAGCAGCCUCCACUCGGCCCUGGAAGGCCCAGGUCACAAAGGCCUCUAGGGCCUAGCCUAGAGUAGGCAUGCUCCGAGGCAGCCCUGCGCGGCGCUCGCCCCUGCAGCCGCCCGCCGGGCCGGGCCUGGGCUGUUCCCCGCGCACCCGGCCCGGCGACCGGGCGUUCCGGCCAGCGUGGAGCGGCCCGUAGCCUCGGCGCCCAUGUGUGUCAUCUGCUUCGUGAAGGCGCUGGUGCACGUGUUUAAGAUCUACCUGACCGCCAACUACAGCUACAACUUUCGCAGCUGGCCGGUGGACUUCCGCUGGGAUGACGUGCGCGCCGCCAGCGCGGGCGGCAGCGGCCACCGAGCGCUGACGUGCGCCGCGGCCGUGGCGGGCGUCUGGCUGCUGCGUGACGCGGCGCUGGGCGGGGACGUGGCGGGGCGGCCGCUGCGCGGCGCACGCAGCCAGGCGCAGUGCCUCCUGCAGCAGAUCCGCGAGCUGCCCGGCCAGCUCGCCAGCUACGCGCUGGCCCACUCGCUGGGCCGCUGGCUCGUGUACCCAGGCUCCAUGUUCCUGAUGACGCGUGCACUGCUGCCGCUGCUGCAGCAGGGCCAGGAGCGCCUCGUGGAGCGCUACCGCGGCCGGCGCGCCAAGCUGGUGGCCUGUGACGGCAAUGAGAUCGACACCAUGUUCAUGGAUCGGCGCCAACACCCCGGCAGCCACGGUCGUGGAUUGCGCCUCGUUAUCUGCUGCGAGGGCAAUGCUGGCUUCUAUGAGAUGGGUUGUCUAUCUGCCCCGCUCGAGGCCGGCUACUCGGUGCUGGGAUGGAACCACCCAGGCUUCGGCGGCAGCACGGGCGCACCCUUCCCUCAGCACGACGCCAACGCCAUGGACGUGGUGGUUAAGUACGCACUGCACCGCCUGCACUUCCCGCCGGAGCAGGUGGUGGUCUACGGCUGGUCUAUCGGUGGCUUCACGGCCACCUGGGCCACCAUGACCUAUCCAGAGCUGGGUGCACUGGUGCUUGACGCCACCUUCGACGAUCUCAUGCCACUGGCACUUAAAGUCAUGCCCCACAGUUGGAAAGGGCUGGUGGUACGCACCGUGCGCGAGCACUUCAACCUCAAUGUCGCUGAGCAGCUGUGCUGCUACCCUGGGCCAGUGCUGCUGCUCCGGCGCACGCAGGACGACGUGGUCAGCACCUCGGACCACCUGCCCGCGCUGCCAUCCGGCGAUGUGGAGGGCAAUCGCGGCAACGAGCUGCUGCUGCGUCUGCUGCAGUAUCGCUACCCAGCCGUGAUGGCACGCGAGGGCCAGGCCAUCGUGACCCGCUGGUUGCGCGCUGGCAGCCUGGCACAGGAGGCUUCCUUCUACCGGCGCUACCGCGUAGACGAUGAAUGGUGCCUGACAGUGCUGCGCUCCUACCGAGACCGCUGCAAGGAGGAACUGGAAGAUGAAGAGUCAUGGGGGCCCCAUGGGCCUGCCUUCCCCUGGCUUGUGGGCCAGGGCCUGAGCCCGAGGCGGCGCCGGCAGCUUGCACUAUUUCUGGCACGGAAGCACCUCAAGAACGUGGAAGCAACUCACUGCAGCCCGCUAGAGCCUGAGGACUUCCAGUUGCCCUGGGGGCUGUAGCCCACGAGCCAGUGGUGGUUUGCAUGCUCGCACACCUUCCAGGCUCCUGUUGGUUCACCUUCCCACAACCUCAACCAGUAAAGCUAGCCCUGCCAGGGGAUCCUGA